AUGGAGAAACUCAAGACAUUACUUAUUGCUAAUAGAGGUGAAAUUGCCGUAUGUCCACUUUAUCUAUCCCCACCAUCCCACCAGGCUUGGCGAGGAGACAUAGAGCUAUUACCUAACGUGAACACCUCUUCUAGGNUCCGCAUCACUAGGACAGCGAAAGCUCUCGGUAUCCGUACCAUCUCAAUCUACUCGGCAGCAGACGCAGCUUCAGCUCACGUCACGGCCGCCGAUGAGGCUGUUUUGCUCUCUGGCAAUGACUCAAGCGUAUACACUGAUGGCGAGAACAUCAUCACUAUAGCAAAGCAGAAAGGCGUCGAUGCAAUUAUCCCCGGAUAUGGCUUUCUGUCUGAGAAUGCCGAGUUUGCUAGACAGGUCGCAGAUGCUGGGAUUGCCUGGGUAGGUCCAAGUCCAGAAGCAAUCGAAGCAUUCGGCGUCAAGCACGUAGCACGAGAUCUGGCUGAGAAUGCUGGUGUGCCAAUCGUACCUGGCACCAAAGGUCUUGUGGAGAGUGCUGAAGACGCUGUCCAAGCAUCUGAAAAGCUCGGGUUUCCCGUGAUGUUGAAGGCCACGGGCGGUGGCGGUGGUAUGGGUCUGGUGACCUGUUACAAUGUCGACGAAGUUCGCUCCGGCUUCGAUAAAGUGCAGUCUCGAGGCAAGACGCUUUUCAAAAACUCUGGCUUGUUCAUCGAGAAGUACUAUGCAGCCUCUCGACACAUUGAAGUUCAGGUUUUUGGUAACGGCCAAGGGUCAGCGAUUCACUUCGGCGAAAGAGAGUGUUCCAUCCAGCGUCGUCACCAGAAAGUCAUCGAAGAAUGUCCCAGCCCGUUUGUCGAGAAACAUUCUGGUUUGAGAGAGAAGCUAGGCAAUGCGGCCGUCAGUCUUGCAGAAUCGAUCAAAUAUGGCUCUGCUGGCACCGUGGAGUACCUAGUCGAUGACGAAUCUGGAGACUACUUCUUCUUGGAGAUGAACACUAGACUACAGGUGGAGCAUGGCAUCACCGAACUCUGCUAUGGUGUUGAUCUGGUAGAGCUCAUGCUCCAACAGGCUGACGCUCAACUCAAGGGUCAUGGUGGACUAGAAGCAGAACGCUUGAAGCAGAUGCAGCCCUCGUCGCCAAAGGGCUCCGCUAUUGAAGCUAGAGUCUACGCGGAAAACCCACUGCGUGACUUUGCACCUUCUCCUGGUCUUCUGCAGUCUGUGUCUUGGCCAGAACAACAGAACGACCGGAUACGCAUUGAUACCUGGGUAUUCACAGGAGCUACAAUCACACCGAACUACGAUCCGUUGAUAGCCAAAGUCAUGUUCCACGGCCCAUCCAGAAACGAGGCUGUCGAAGGCAUGCAAGGACUUCUUUCUUCAUCUAAGAUCUGUGGUCCUCCGACCAAUCUCGACUUCCUCGAGGAAAUCGUACGUGACGAUAGGUUCAAGGCUGGAAACACAUUGACGAACUUUUUGGACACGUUCGACUUCCGUCCCGCUGCCAUUGAUGUCAUAUCAGCAGGUGCCUACACCCUCAUACAAGAUCUUCCCGCCAGGCCAAACGUAGGCAAAGGAAUUCCUCAUUCUGGUGCGAUGGAUUCGAUUGCUUUCUCACUUGCGAACAUCCUUGCUGGAAACAACACAACUACGGAAGCUCUGGAGAUAACCUUAAGCGGUCCAGAAUUACAUUUCGUACGUCCGGCAGUGGUCGCCUUGACGGGUGCUCCGAUGGAUGCUGAACUGGAUGGACAACCAUUCUCGAUGUGGCAGCGAUACCACAUCAAAGCAGGACAAAAACUCAAAAUCGGGAAGACAACAGGCUCUGGUUGUAGGGCUUAUCUUGCAGUAUAUGGAGGCUUCCCUACGGUGGCCAAGUACUUUGGAUCGAAGUCGACCUCUCCGAUUGUGGCGAUUGGUGGUUAUCAAGGACGUCAGCUCGCGCCUGGAGACCUACUUGCUAUCGUCGAUGAUAUUCCUGAAUCUAUCUCGAGUUCGAGUGUCAGCUUACCAGAAAACCUCGUGCCUGUCUACACCAGUGAGUGGGAGAUUAUGGCCAUGGUAGGGCCACACGACGUUGGAUACCUCCUUCCCGAGGACAUCGAUAUGAUAUACACGACCACCUGGAAAGUCUCACACAACGCCAGUCGCAGUGCUAUCAGAUUGGUUGGACCUGUACCCAAGUGGGCCCGUAAGGACGGCGGCGAGGGUGGCGCUCAUCCUUCAAAUUUGGUCGAGUACGGAUAUCCUAUCGGUGCGUUGAACUGGACGGGAGAUGACCCAUGUCUCUUCCCAGUAGACUGUCCGAACUUUGGUGGCUUUGUCUCCAGCACGACCGUCAUUCGAGCGGAAUGGUGGAAACUGGGCCAGCUGAAGUCAGGAGACACUUUAAAGUACAAAAGGGUGUCCUUGGAAGAAGCACUGUCGCUGCGGAAGCAGAAUGACCAGUUCCUUGCAUCAAUCGAGAAUGUUGUGAAAAACUCUAACGGCUUCGAAAACAUCAAGCCUCUUAGCUCUACCUUCAGUCCUUCAGGCAACUUCGGCAAAGCUGUUAUCUGGGAGAGGUCUCAGCAAGGUCACCAACCUCAGGUCAGGUACCGCCAAGGUGGUGACGACCAUAUUAUUGUCGAGUAUGGCAACGAAGAAUUCGACUUGAACCAUCGCUGCAGAACGACAGCGCUUGAAAAAGCCAUUCGAUCGUCAAACUCCGAGUGGCUGAACAACACGGUAUCCUGCUGUACGAGUGUCACACUCUUCUACAAUGGUCUGAAGAUCGAAAGACAGAAGUUGGUAGCACAUCUCCAAAAUCUGGAGGNNGACGAGUUGGGUGAUCUUAGCUCCGUCAAAGUACCUUGCCGAAAAUUUCGCCUCCCACUUUCGUUCGAAUCGAAAACGCAAGAGGAAGCAACGAAGAGAUACAUGGAAACGCAGCGACCACAUGCGCCGUACCUUCCUAGCAAUUUCGAUUUCGUCGCCAAGAACAACGCUUUCACAUCAGACCAACUAAGAGACAUCUUUCUCACUGGCCAAUUCAUGGCUGUCGUGGUGGGUUUCUAUGCAGGUAACACGGUAUCCUUACCAGUCGAUCCUCGUCAGCGAAUGUCCUGUCCCAAAGCAAACCCUAGUCGAGUGUUCACACCAGAAGGCACCGUCAGCUGGGGCGGAUCCUGCAUGUCAAUCUAUCCCGUCGAUAGUCCAGGUGGCUACCAAAUGACUGGUCGCACAAUUCCCAUCUUCGAUGCACUCGGUUGGAAGAACGGUUUCUCUCCUUCACGUCCCUAUCUGUUCCAAGACUUCGAUAUCUUAACUUACUAUCAAGUCAGUGAGGNNGAAGAGCUAGAUACAUUGCUUGCAGACUUCCGCAGUGGGAGAUACAAAUUCGAAUGGGAGGAUAUCGAGUUUGACAUGGCCGAACACAACAAGUUGUUGGCGGACACGGCCAAGGAAGUCGAGCGCGUUCGUGCCGAACAAGCAAUCGCUCAAGCCGAGAUGACGAAAGCAGAGAAUGAGAGCUUGGCCAAAUGGCGAGAGGAGAAGGCGAAGAACAAAGUCGACGACAGCACAAUUGAGUCCAUGCUGGCUGACUCACCUGUCGCUGCGAACGUCUGGAAAAUCAUGGUGGAGGAGAAGCAGACCAUCAGCCCGAAACAAAACAUAGCCAUUCUCGAGGCAACGAAGUUGGAAAUUGCAGUGAAUGCUCCUGCAGAUCAGAAAGCUGCAAGUGUCGAGAGGUUGCUGGUUGCUCCUGGCGAAACUGUAAACGCAGGUGCACAUAUUGCGUUGCUGAAGUUCGAGGAUUAA